AUUCAAAAUGGCGCUGGGGGUGCAUUGCGGUGUUUCCGCAGAAACAAGUAGCCAAGAAUUAUGAUUAUAAUGCACCCAAAGACUUCAAAACAAUGAUAGUGAGUGCGUCUUGGUAGUGCUCGUGUUCUAAACAUAUACCUGCCCUUACAGUUAGUCAGCGUUCUCUUUACACCUGUUUACAUCGUAAUGCUGCGGAGAGUAAACUUUUAUUCGAUAUGUUUCGCAUUCGGCCUCAGUGUUUUGUUAAUUCUUGCUGGAAGUCGAUAUACAGAUAACGCGAAUAACCGUCCGUACCCAGAGAGUCGCAGGAAUAUUAGGAACUUCUUCAGGAUUGAGGAUGGAGAAGAACUAUUUCCGCAGCCCAUUCCGACGAACCCUUACGACGGGUCACCGAACAUUGACAAAAUAUUGGAGAAGACUAGAGGAAAAAUUAAACUUGAGUUAUCAAAUUACAAUUUAACACAUUCAGGGGCAAAAAAACUGGAGAACUUACUCUUGGAAUCGGGGGGUAAGCCUUUGAGGAGCGUCAUCAUAUCGACAUGGAGGUCUGGCACAACGUUUUUGGGUGAUAUUUUGAAUGCAGUGCCUGGAAAUUUCUACCACUAUGAGCCAUUUUUGAGCUACGAGAUAAUACAGAUCAGAGGCCCACCACAGGCAGACAAAGCAUUAAGCACUAUCAAGGGCAUGCUCAACUGUGACUUUAAAGACAUGGAAGACUAUUUUACAUACGGGAAGAGUCACUGGCACCAGUUCAGCCACAACACGAGAUUAUGGGACCACUGUAAAUAUAAGAAAGAACUGUGUUUUGAUGCUGAAUUCACUUCUAGGUUUUGUAGAUUGUUCCCUUUCCAAAGUAUGAAGAUUGUGCGGCUGCGGCUACGAUUGGUGCGGGACAUUCUGGAAGACCAUGAGCUUAAUGUAAAAGUGGUGCUGUUGAUCCGCGACCCACGUGGGGUCAUGCAGUCAAGGCAGCACCGCGGCUUCUGCCAACCAGCUCCGGACUGCUGGCAGCCCGAAUUGCUCUGCGCUGAUAUGAUAAGUGAUUAUGUCGCUGCAGGAAGACUGCAGCAGCAAUAUCCAAACAGGCUCAUGGUACUGCGCUACGAAGAAUUGGCCUUGGAGCCCACUACCACGACGCUCCGGCUGUUCAAGUUCCUAGGGCUGAGCCUGACGCCCGCCGUCGACGAGUUCCUUCACUCGCACACCAACAUCGAGGUGGCUGGCGUCAGCUCCACUUUCAGAGUGUCCCGUGAAGUUCCGUUCCGGUGGAAGAGCGUUCUGGACUAUGACUACGUUGAGGAGAUCCAGAUGGCAUGCAAGGAGGCUAUGGAGCUGUGGGGAUACCGCAUGGCGUACAACAAGUCCCACAUGGUUAGCAAAGAGUUUUACCCUUUAGAAAGAUACUCAAUCACACAAUGAUAUUACGUAGCCCAUGAAGAA